GUCCUUAUCCCCUGCUUCCAAAAAGGGCCUAAAACCCCAUAGCCGCCGCCCCAGCCCUAAAGGUCCAUUUAGGGUUUCCUGUUUUUUUUCCAAUUCCAAGCCCAUUACCUCCUCCCCCAAACCCCUCUGAAAAUUUGAAAAAAUGUUUAAAAGAAAACCUUAAACCCUAACCCUAGCUUGCAGUUGCACUGCCCCCUGGUUCGAAACAACUGGUUUCUCAUUUCGAAGAUCAUUGGUUUAGAGACUGCUUUUCUGUAGAUAUGAAUAUCCCUACCGAAAACAAUGAGCCCCCCAUUUUGGGUGCACAGUCUAACAAGCGGAGGAAGAAGUCCAUAGUGUGGGAUUACUUCACAAUCGAAACUGUUGGGGCUGACUGCACGAGGGCCUGCUGUAAGCAGUGCAAGAAAUCAUUUGCCUACAUUUCUGGUUCAAAGCUAGCUGGCACUAGUCACCUCAAACGACACAUUGUCUUAGGGAUCUGUCCAGUAAGCCGUCGUAACCAGGGAAAGAAUCAAUCGACUCCAUAUAGACCAGGUUUCAAACCCAAUGGUGCUGCUUGUGGUACUGACUCUCCUAGGAAGCGCUGUAGAACAGCCCCUGUAUUUCCCAGUAUAUCCUUCAAUCAGGACCUUUGUAACCACGAACUUGCCAAGAUGAUAAUUCUGCAUGAGUAUCCGCUCAACCUUGUGGAACAUCAUGGGUUCGUUGAUUUUGUACGAACCCUUCAGCCAAAAUUCAAUAUGGCUAGUGUUGAUUCUAUCCAAAUGGAUUGUGUGGGUGUCUACUUGAGUGAGAAGCAAAGACUUUUGAACUUCAUUUGUGGUAUACCCGGCCGAGUGAGCCUUACCUUGGAUUUGUGGACUACAGAUGAAACCAGAGGUUAUGUGUUUCUUACUGGACAGUUUGUUGAUCUUGAUUGGAAAUUGCAACGGCGCAUCCUGAACAUUAUUAUGGUUCCCUCUCCGGAUUCAGAAGUUGCCUUCAAUCACGCAGUUACACGUUGCCUAAAUGAUUGGGGUUUGGACAGCAAGCUAUUUACUCUCACUCUCGAUGAAUCCUUUGCAAACGUCACUGUAAGAGAAAAUCUCAGAGGGCUACUCUCCAUUAGGAAUCCACUUGUUCUCAAUGGUCAGUUACUGAUUGGAAACUGCUACGCCCAUGUUUUAACUUCUCUUACCCAAGAAGCAUUGGGUUCCAUGAAGGAAACCAUUAAGAAAGUUCGUGAAAGCGUGAAGUACGUGAAAACUUCCAAAUUUAUUGAAGAGAAAUUCAUUAAGCUGAAACAACAGCUUCAAGUGCCCAGCAUGAAGUGCCUAACCAUUGACAACCAAACAAAAUGGAACACUACUUACCAUAUGCUGGUGGCUGCCUUGGAAUUAAAAGAAGUCUUUUCUUGCUUGGAUACUUCUGAUCCAAAUUACAAUGAAACCCCCUCUAUGGAUGAGUGGAAGCAGUUGGAAACUCUCUGCGCGUAUUUAAAACUUUUUUUUGAAGCGGCUAACAUUUUAAUCGCCACAAUGCACCCAACUGCCAAUUUGUUCUUUCAUGAGGUGUGGAAAAUCCAGUUCGAACUGACACAUGGGAGCAUGAACGAGGAUCCCAUUGUCAGUACUCUUAUUAAACCCUUAAAAGAGAAGUUUGAUCAAUAUUGGAAGAAUUCCAAUAUGGUUCUCGCAAUUGCUGCAGUUAUGGACCCAAGGUUCAAAAUGAAGCUCGUGGACUUCAGCUUUUCUAGAAUCUAUGGCAACGAUGCUGAGAACUGGAUCAAGAUUGUUGAAGAGGGUGUUCAUGAACUCUUUCUUGAAUAUGUUGUGCAAUCACUUCCUCCGCCAACUUUUGUGCAAGAUGGAAAUGAAUUUUUUGUCAAGACGGAGCUGGUUGAAGAAGGAGAAACACUUCUUUCAACUGGUGAUGGGCUUUCAGAUUUCGAAGUCUAUAUCUCCGAAAUUACUGGUAACCAGCAGAUGAAGUCAGAAUUAGAUCAGUAUCUAGAGGAACCUCUUUUGCCCAGAGUACAAGAAUUUGAUGUUUUGGGAUGGUGGAAACUAAACACAUCUAAGUACCCCACUCUUUCCAAAAUGGCGUCUGAUGUUUUGUCGAUCCCAGUUUCUACUGUAGCUCCGGAUUCAGUGUUUGACACUGCGAGCGAGAAGAUGGAUAGUUAUCGGGCUUCUCUAAGGCCCGUGACACUUGAAGCCCUUAUCUGUGUGAAGGAUUGGAUGCGGUAUGGAUCUUCAGUGCAGGUUCGAUCUUCGAAAAUUUCAACUGCAAUUGUGAAAAUGGAGAAUUUUUAGGUUUACAGCCAUAUACACGACUGGUAUCCAACUUGUAGAUUAGGUGUCUUGGCUCUUUGUCUUUCUGUCUAUAGAGUUUAGUUGAAUUGAUUGAUCCCUAAUUCUUUCUUUUUAAGCCCAUCUGCUAGGAAAUUUUCACAGGUCCAACAGUUUUAAUGAUGUCUCUAUAGGAAUUUUGUCCAGAUUUUUUUGGUUAAAGGGAAUAAUCAUUUGUCCAACGAUUGCCAUAAAGCUUCAAUUGGCUAUAAAAAUGAUUUUCCCAGUAAU